UCCAUUUUAAUGAGAAAUGCAAAAUUUAAGGGGCAAGUUGUUAAGUAGGUUUUGACAAAGGUUUGCACCACAAAUUCAUCUUUGCAAACUAUCCCAAAAUUUGGGGCCAAUCUCAGUCCUCAAACCUUGCAAAACCAAGCAUGUAAAACCGUCUUUGAGCUGAAAAAAUCCGUUUCUUCCUAAAAAUAGUCAUGGAUUUUACCUUUAAAAUCCCCUUAGCACCUCAUUCUCCCUUUGACCUGCAAAAAAGAAUAAAGUAAAAACACCAACAAAAGCACAAAAUAAAAAUUUUCAUCACCAAAUAAAGGCAGGUCUCUCUGUGCGCUUAUUCUUCUCCAUCAUGGACAUGCAGAAGAUCUCUUGCGCCGUCAUUGUCGCUGCCGCCUCCAUGAGCGCAGUCAUGGCCUCCACUGACGCCCCAGCCGCUGCUCCAGGCCCAUCCACAGCCUCCAGCGCUGUAUCCUCAACUUUGCCUGUUCUUGGCUCCUUGGUUGGGGCCUCCCUCGUUUCUUUCUUUGCUUACUACCUGCAGUAAGCCAAUAAAUUUAUGAAAAAAAUAUGUAUUGAAGAAGAAAAUGAAGAAUUAUUAAUGUAAACUAAUUAGUAGGCUCAAAUUUGAUUACUUGGGUUCAACUAAUUGAAGAUUAUUUUCUUCACUUCAUUUGUUUAUGACAAUUUGAGUUUCUUAAUAAUUUGCAAUAAAAAGUUACUUGUAUGUAGUAUAUUUCUGAAACUUGAGCGAAUUCCAUGUAGGUUGGACGUAAAAGAAAAUCAUGUCAUUCAUAGUUUCCCUGGACUAGUCUGGAAUUUGACCAGUUGCUUUAAUCAUAUUAAAACCUGAAGCCAUUUUUAUGAGAUGGAAAGAAAUUCAAAACAAUGAACUUGUCACUGCAUAUUGGAAUGGUUUGAG